AUGAGUCUUGAUGAGUCCCCGGAUCUUAAGCGCGGCGUUUUUGCAGCGCUAGACACUGCUGGGGUGCUAGCUAAGGUUAAGGCCUUCAUGUACGCACAGGUUUGGGGCAUCCUUCAUCACCGGGAACUGAACGAGGUAGAUCCCCUGCUACAGGCAGCGAACUUUAUUUGUGACGAGGAUCUCAAGGUCCUUGCAUAUCUGGUGAAGUGGCUCACAGACAAAGGAAUGGUGAACACCUUGAAGGUCCUUGAAUUAGAAUCUGGAAGACCGUUUAGUGAUUUGCCAGAGGUGGACAGUUAUGAAUUUAUGUCUUCUCCCGGCACGCACUCUCCAGGCCAUUCCGAUAUUGGUGCUGCAUUCUCCGAUAUGAGCAUGGAGCCUAUUUCUGAGUACACGAGCCCCGCCCGAAACACCGCCUCACCUAGGCGCCACGAUGACUGUGAGAAAAUUAUCCCGACUCAGCCGGUAAAGGGGUCUGCGUUCACUCUCAAGCAAGAUAAUCCAUUUGGAGAUGAUCAGUCUCAGGAAGCCAAUCUCACCAUCUCGAACGCCAGCAUGGCCCCGGGGGUUUCCCUUGGUCCAGACGAAACCUCAAGCAGUAGGCAAAGCCCCAGCAGGAUGACUGACUUCUCGUUCAAAUAUGCAGAUAGAAGUUUGGCGCGAAAUUCCAUGCUUUCGCCCGACACAGCUGCGCAUGCCCGUAGAGCCGCUGAGAUCCAGGGGAAGCUUAAUAGAGAUCUGACUAUGUCUCCUACGAAGGCGCAGGAGAAUGCAGAGUCAGCUGCACACAGCGAGCAUCUUGUGACCGAGCUCGUUGUUCCUGAUCCGUGUAUGUAUGACAACAGCAGUCAUGCAUAUCUUCAAAGCGCCCUUCUAGUUGAGGACAGCGAUGUAUCUGCAUCUGGCAGCUCUUCUAGUAGAGGGAUAAAGUCGUUAGCAAAACUCCAGCAGGACGAUACCCUCAGUAAGGCGGGCUCUGGCUAUACUGAGUCGUUAAGCAGCGCGAUCACCGAAUCAACGGGCGGACCAACCCGCCAAGCCACACUAAACUUGCUGGACGCAGUAGGCCGAGAUAUGCAGGCGUACGACAGCACCAUCACACCCGCAGAUAGCACGAUUCACUCUGGGUUUGGUCCUGGUUCAAUGGUUCAGAAGCCUGGGCCGAGUGCCGACUCUAUCUUGACUGGCGACAGCAACCUCAGUGCAAUGGGAGAAAGCGCUGCUGUGGACUCGGCCCUGGUGGCGGGGAAAGCGGCAGCACGGCUGAUUGGCAUGCCAGAGGGAACAACAAGCAUUUUAACCAAUGCCGCAUCAGAGCUAAACGAUAUUAAAGACAUCAGCAGCAUCCACGCUGCUACGGAUGACGCAAUCUCAACGAGACCACAUCCCAGUCUCAACUCGGAGUUCAUGGCCGGUGGCGACUUUGUCUCUGGAAUCGUGCUGGAGCGCACUAAGCCCGCGCAGCAAGCCCAGCCUUCGCAGGGCGACUAUACUCUUGAUAACUACGGUGAUCUAAGCCUCGGAGUCACCAUUAGCAACGACACUCAGCCAAUUGCCGGGUUUAACUAUGAAAAUAUACAGGAGGAUGAAUUUGGCGACUUUGAGUUCUAG